GAAUUAGUGCCGCUUUUAGAUACCCAAAAAUCCAAAUAAGUUUAAUUUAUAUUACUAUUUUCAUACACAAUUACGAAUAAGUGCCUUAGUGAAAGACGACUUUCGUGUGAUUUUGUCGGUUUUAGAUUCACACGAGAGCGGAAGGAUAUUUGCGCCGUUGUAACGUGAGGUAAGGAGCGAAGUUUGAAUCGUCGUUCACUCCAUGCGACCUAACAGAUUAGUAAUCUCAUAGCUUAUGUUCUGGACUCAAGCAUGGAGGUUGCUGAAGACGUAGACAGCAGACCACCACUGGCAGCUUUGUCUUUAUCCCAGCAAAACAAUGAGACUGAUGUGGACUUCUCCAAAUUCACUACUUCACAGUUUGGCAUAUCAACAAAUAGUUUCUUACAUUCCCCAAAGAUUAAAGAUAAAUCCAGAGUAGCUCAGCUGAAGGCAAGGAGGAGAUCUUCAAUUGGAGUCCGGGGAUCUCCGGAAACAAACUCUCUCAUCUGCUUCAGAGCCAAACAAGCAGCAAAAACACCACCUCGAACCCCACAGCUUUUGCAGGAAAGUCCUUUUGUUUCACGCUGUGACUCUCUAAAGAAGAAGAUGGCUGCUUUCCAGAGCCUGAUGGAGGAAGAUGACGAGGAGGAAGCAGCAUUGAAUGAACAGAUGAAAAAAGAGGAGAGUGUAAAAAACAAUCCGGCACAAGAUUCUCAAAAUGGAAAAGAAAACAAGCUGACCAUUCAAAGCCCCUCCCCUUCUGUGACUCCACCUCCUUCUAAAAAACACUGUAGGGCCCCACCAAGGGAAUGUGAGGACAAGAUUACAGAGACGCCACUCCCCUGUCCCACUCUCACAACACAACAAGAGCAGGGGAUGCAAUGCUCUGAGCCUGAGAGCCAAACUUCUGUACCAGCAUUGAGUUCAGAUUCAAAGAAUGAGCUUCUUUCAUUACCCAUGCUUUCUAAACCAGAAACUAAGCCAACAGAUGUCGAGAUCUCUUCUGUACGUAAGAAGCGCGUCCGUUUUGGUGCACCGCUCUCCCCAGAGUUCUUCGACAAAACCCUACCACCCAGUACCCCGUUGCAAAAGGGGGGAACUCCAAUGUGUCCUCCAUCAUCUACAGGAAAAAAAGUCUCUCUUCUGAAGACCCCUCAAAGAUUCGAGCCCCCACUUCCCCAACCUGACUUCAACAGUCCUGAAAGAAAUGGAGCUUCACCUGUUCUGGUUAUUGACACACGAAAUACUGGACUUGUGUUCAGUGAUGAUGUAUUUGAAGAUUUUGAAAAGAUAUGUUUUCCUAGUAUGGAUGAAGAGUCUCCAUCAAACAGACCAUCGGAGAAUUGCGAAGAUAUACUCUCGGCUGAAGACUCGGGGCAGCCCCAGGCUGAAGAGAUUGAAGUUAUGAAUGCUGCUUUUCAAGUGGGUGAAGAUGAACCAUCAGAUUUACAGAUAGAGGAAAACCUGCCAUCAGCCACUAGUGAUCAGCCAUCGGCCCUCUCCAAAGCAGAGCUCGAUAUGGAGUCUGCCGGCAACUCUGAGCAGCAGCUUUCAUUCAACGCCAGCACUAAACCCACUCGCUCUCGCAGCAGGAAAAGAAAGCAACCAGGAGAAAAUGAGAGCGAGACGAGGAGAAGCUCUCGUACAGCAGCGGCGUCUGCUUCGGGAAAGAUGAAGAAGACCUCGGGGGCUAAAAAGCGAUUCGGCAAUAAGGAGGUGGAUCGCUCUCUAUAUGGGAAAAGAGACUUUGCCUCCAAGAACCCUCUGCUCAGUCCUAUAUUUGAGACGUUGUCUGUUAGUUUCAGUGGCACACCAACGCAAACACCGUCUGGAAAAGCAACAGGUGGAGAGGGAGAUGGCAUUCAGACACCUGUUGUUCCUCAUAGCCUGCCCAUUCGCUCAAUGGUAAGUCUGUUGAGUGGUACUAUUUUGUCUGAAUCUCCAUUGACCAAUAAGGACGAGCAGACCUCAAGAGAUAUGGGCAUGACUUCCAUAGUUGGCACAGAGUGUCCCGCAGAAAAUAAAGGCUCUGGGGCCAUGGCUCUCAGAGCCAGACGUGACUCCGUAAAACCUGCCCGCCAACGUCGUAGCUCCGGCACAACCAAGAGACGAAAGGUUAGCGGCCCAGCUGUCGUCUCAACUGGUGAAUCGGAAGGUAAAACUGAGGAACAAGAUACUGAUAACCAACACGAUGCUACAAGUUUAAACCAAAACUAUCAUGAUGGUCCAGAGCACAAGGAGCCGGAGGCUUCAGUAAGCUGUAAAUCUCCAACCGUGGUGCUAAAUGGAGAUUGCAUGACCACCGAGAAGUCAGCGCAGAAGACACCAAGCUUUAAAAGACGUGGACGGGUCCUGAAAUCAUCUUGUGUAAACAUUGAUGUUGUAGUAGAAACAGAUGAGAGGAUUGAGUUUUCAGACCGUGAAGCUGUACCUGCCGAACCUGUUUUGGCCCCCUGGCAACAGGAUGACUUUAACAUCGAUGACAUCCUGAAGCCUGUGGCAAAGAGUCGGGGUUCGGUGCGACGCAGCUUGAGGAACCGGAGGAGCGUGGACCUCCAAGCUGUAGGCCUAGCGUGGGUGGACCACACCUCCCCAGAAUUAGGUAAGGUGGGUAGAAGGCGGCGUAGCAGGCUCAGUGGAGUAUCCGAACCAUCUGUGACUCUGGUCUCUGAAGAACCAACACCAAACCUGGAGGAAUAAUUGACAUCAAAGUCAUUGUGUCCGUUUGUUAAAUAACUUCUAAAGUGAACUUUCUGCUAAAAUUUUACUCUGUGUUAUUUUCAUUUGUGGGAUUAUUUUAAUCUGUAUGGACGGACUAAUUUGACCUCUUAUUAAGAAGAUUGUGUAACUUCUAGAAUGCUUUAGCUCAUUAAAUCUUCACAGUUGUGAUUUGUGGAUGUUUUGAGAUGAUUUUACUGUGAUAAUCUCAUGUUAUUUCACAUAAAUGACAAUGCUGGUUUAAUGUACAAUGAAUUUAUUUUGCUGUAUAUUUAUCUGCUUUAUAUUUUUAAAGUGUAAUACAAUGUUGACAUCUACUGUAAAA